GUAACGGACAGCGCUGUCAGAUUUCGACCACAAGUUGAGUUCAAGACAAACGAGUGACUAAAACGGGCGAGUCACAUUGAAAACGGGUUUUUGCUUUCUUUAUAUGUAGUUCUUUCGGUUCGUCGAAGUGUCCAAAGGGGUGUGUGUCUGUGUGUGUGUGUGUGUGCUCAGUCACUGCCGCUCACUGCUACAGUGUAUGGUAACGUUAUAGGAGCUCUGGGUGAACUGCUUCAUCUGCCAGGACGAAACGCCUAGAAAAAACUUAUUUCAGGGGAUUGUUUGUUGAAGUCGGUGCGCCGCAUCCUCGCGGCUCUGUAACCAUGGGUAACCGGGGGAUGGAGGAGCUCAUCCUGCUGGUGAACCGGCUGCAGGACGCCUUCAGAGCCAUAGGACAAAACUGCAACCUGGACCUGCCUCAAAUCGCGGUGGUCGGGAGUCAGAGUGCAGGCAAAAGCUCUGUCCUGGAAAAUUUCGUUGGCAGAGAUUUCCUGCCAAGAGGCUCUGGAAUUGUUACAAGGAGACCACUUGUCCUUCAGCUCAUCAGUUCAGCUUCAGAGCAUGCAGAGUUUCUGCACUGUAAAGGAAAGAAGUUUACAGACUUUGAUGAUGUCCGACGGGAGAUCGAAGCGGAGACAGACAGAGUCACAGGAACAAACAAGGGCAUUUCCUCCAGUCCCAUUAACCUUCGUGUCUCCUCUCCAAAUGUGUUGAACCUGACUCUGAUAGAUCUUCCAGGCAUAACUAAAGUGCCAGUGGGAGAUCAGCCUGCUGAUAUUGAAUACAAGAUCAGAGACAUGAUUAUGCAGUUCAUCUGUAAAGAGAAUUGUCUCAUCCUUGCUGUCACGCCCGCUAACAUGGAUCUGGCUAACUCUGAUGCUCUUAAACUGGCCAAAGACGUGGAUCCACAAGGCCAUCGCACCAUCGGUGUGAUCACAAAGCUGGAUCUGGUGGACAAGGGCACAGAUGUCAGGGACGUGCUGGAGAACAGGUUACUGCCACUGCGCAGAGGUUAUAUUGGUGUGGUAAACCGUAGUCAGAAAGACAUCGAGGGGAAAAAAGACAUCAGUGCAGCUCUGGCAGCAGAGAAGCGCUUUUUCAAGUCACAUCCAGCAUACAGACACAUGGCAGACUGCAUGGGCACUCCAUACUUACAGAGACUCCUCAACCAGCAACUGACCAAUCACAUCCGAGACACGUUACCAGCGUUGCGGAGUCAACUACAGGCCCAGCUACUUUCACUGGAUAAAGAGGCUGAAGAGUACAAGGGUUUGAAUCCAGAUGAUCCCUCAUGCAAGACCAAGGCUUUAAUGCAGCUGAUACAGCACUUUGGGCUGGAUUUUGAGAAGCGGAUUGAGGGAUCUGGGGAUCAGGUGGAUACAGUACAGCUUUCUGGAGGAGCCAAAAUCAACCGCAUCUUUCAUGAGCGGUUUCCCUUUGAGCUGGGCAAGAUGGAGUCUGAUGAGAAGGAAUUACGAAGGGAGAUCAGUUACGCAAUUAAAAACAUCCAUGGCAUCAGGACAGGCCUUUUCACACCCGAUAUGGCGUUUGAAGCCAUAGUCAAGAAACAAAUUGUAAAACUGAAAGGACCUUGUCUGAAGUGUGUAGACAUGGUGAUCCAGGAGCUCAUCAACACAGUACAGCAGUGUACCAACAAGUUAGAGUCUUUUCCAAAAUUACGAGAGGAGACCGAGAGGAUAGUAACCACUCACAUUCGGGAACGAGAAAGUCAAACCAAAGACCAGGUUUUACUCUCAUUAGAGAUUCAGAAUUCUUACAUCAAUACAAACCAUGAAGAUUUUAUUGGAUUCACAAAUGCUCAACAGAAAACCAGUCAAAUGAGCAAGAAGCCCACAGCUGGGAACCAGGGUGCUGCUCCUCCUCCACCCAGUCAAAUUGUCAUUCGCAAAGGCUGGCUAAUCAUCAACAACAUCAGCCUGAUUAAAGGAGGAACCAAGGAGUAUUGGUUCGUGCUCACCGCAGAGAGCCUAUCCUGGUUUAAAGACGACGAGGAAAAAGAGAAGAAAUACAUGCUUCCUCUGGACAACUUGAAGGUGCGAGACAUAGAGAAGAGCUUCAUGUCCAACAAACAUGUCUUUGCCAUCUUUAACACAGAGCAGAGGAACGUGUAUAAGGACUACAGGCAUCUGGAGCUGGCCUGUGACACUCAGGAUGAUGUGGACAGCUGGAAGGCCUCUCUGCUGAGAGCUGGGGUUUACCCGGAGAAAACCACAGGAGAUGGAGAUGGUUCAAGCCAGACGGAGAGCUUCUCUAUGGACCCCCAGUUGGAGCGUCAAGUCGAGACCAUCCGCAACCUCGUGGACUCCUACAUGAGCAUCGUCUACAAAGCCAUUCGAGACCUGAUGCCCAAGACCAUCAUGCACCUUGUCAUCAACAAUGUAGAGGAGUUUAUCCACUCUGAGUUGCUAGCUCAGUUGUAUUCUUCAGGAGAUCAGUACUCUCUGAUGGACGAGUCUCCUGAACAAACCCUUCGCAGAGAGGAGGUUCUGCGUACCCAUGCGGCCCUGAAGGAGGCUUUGAACAUCAUCACUGACAUCUCCACCACCACCAUCUCCACCCCGCUGCCACCUCCUGUAGAUAGCUCCUGGCUGCACAGUGGCUCGCUUCACCGCAGGUCUCCUAAAGGUUAUAGUGUCCCUAAGAAGCAUCCAGCUCCAGCUGCUCCAUCUCAACCAGUUCGCUCGGAAGCUCAGCCUCCACCUGUCUCCAACAACACAGACAACACCAACACCACCAGCCGUCCCAAACGAGUCCUUCGUAGUAUUCCCAGGAGACAACCGCCGGCGGUGCCCACUCAACACACACACUGACUCACAAAUGCCCACCUGGGAGACGAAGAGCAACAGUUACCAGACCUGCUCCAAGACUUGCUGAAGAAAAAACCAUUUUGGGUUUAGCAAACCUGAUCUCCAGAUGCUCGCCGAUUGUCAUGCUGGAGAGGUUUGUUCAUGUUCUGUACAUAUACAUUGAUGUCUGCAAUGCGAGUGAGUUCUUUAACAGCAUUGAAUAAAAUGCUUUUUGGGGAUUUUGUAAACAA